AUGAAACGCCAGCACACCGAGGAGGCGGAGGCCCCGCCCGACAGAGAAGAAAACGGAAGCAGGAGGCGAAGAGUGAACGACGACGACGAGAGGCGAAACCCCCACCACCGGCCGCAAACCCAAGUCCCCGCGACCGCAUCCGCUACCGCCAAACGAAACCGACCCCUACGGCAACCGACGGCCGCCGCCCGGCCCCGAUCAACGCGCUCCCAACGCCGACAAAGGCGUGUCUCCCGCCUAUGCUACACCUCCCGUGUCUCCUCACAGAGUCGGACUAGAGUCAAGCUCAACAGGGUCUUCUUUCCCCGCCGAUCGUUCCAAGCCCGUUCCCUUGGCUGUGGACGUAGACGACAUAGCCCCAACAUUACCGGGGGAACAGCGGCGACAUACCCCACAGGCGGACCGAACCGACCCGUACUAGAGCGAACCGGGCAUGAGUACACCACCGGGACUGGCGCGUACCCACGGCAGAGACCCAGCAGCGCAAGGAAGAUGGUCGCGAAAAGCCCUCGAAAGCUGGUCGCACUUGGAACGCCCUACAAGUGCGACCCGGGCACGCGCACACCCCCCGACACCACCGGACCCCGACCGCAGGACGCCACCGGCAUCAACGGCAACCCAUGGGACCGGCACGCACCAGCGGGAGAGACCCAGCAUCGCCAAGAGAUGGCAGCGAUAUGCUCUCGAAAGCUGGUCGUAAGGCUGCCGAAUACCGUGCGACCCGAGCACGCGCCAACCCCAGACAACACCAGGACCCAGCCACAGGACGCCACCGGCACCACGAGGGCGACAGCACGCCAACGGACGGAGCCAGCAGGACCGGCCCGUAUCCAACCAACAGGGCAUGCACGCACCCCCAAAUUUUGCUGUCGAGGAGAACCAUCUUUGGCCACCGUCAGUCGAGACGGGAGAGUGAAGUAG